GAAAGCACUAUUGUAUAUUACAGUGAAAACAAAUAAUAAUUUAUUUAAAGUUACGAUUUAUUUAGAUCUAGUGAAGUUGUAAUAGUUUAAUAUGGAAUAAGAUUAGUAAGAAUUUUCUUUAUUAUAAUUGGUAAAAUUAUAGAUGAUAAAACGCAUAUACAUAUUACAUACUCUAGUGUCCGUUCUAGUUGAUUUACAUUUGUGCGCCUCGUGUAACAUGGAGCUGAUCUCACUCCUCCGACCGUCCGCCCGUUUGCUUCGCCGGCACAUAUAUGCAAAGGCAGCUAUAUACACUGUACAUACGAGAGCGAGAGCUGGGAGGGAAAUAUGUGCAGACGCAGUAUAUAAUGUAUCCGCCUCUAUGUACUACAUAAGAGCUAAAGAAUGAUGUAACAAAGAGGCAGUUUCACGAAGUUUGCCGAGCAUUCCCGAAGCGGCGCGACUUCGUGCAAGUCGCAUGCGUGCUUGUGUACCAUGAAAACGCACACCACGAUGCUUGUCAGCUGCUGCAAGUGCACGCCGCCAUAUGCAAUUCUACUGAGUUGCGCAAAAAAUUACAUUUAGAAAAAUGAUAGAGCAUAUUUAGAUGGUCCUCUUUCAUUAUUGUGAAUAUACCGAAUAUUCGUUCUCCCCACUCUUCGAAUCAUUCUUGUUUUUCUCGUCACAGAACACUAAAGCGAUGGUAACCUCGUCCCAUACGUCUUAUCACGAUUAAGACUAUCGUAUUUAAUUGUGUCUCUCUGUACUAUAUUUCAUCGCGUUAUGUAAUGUUUGCUCUUUUGAUUUCAUAAUUGAACGAAAUGAAUGAUAUACGUUGAUAUUAGGAAAAAGAAGGAAAUUGUAAGAGAAAGAUUGUGAACGUUAGAAAGAAAGGACAAUGUAGUUAUGGCAAAGAGAAUGGGUAGAUCGGUACAGGGCACAUCCUGUUCAACGCCAUAUUGUUCUUCAGUAAUCUCUUCCCCCUCCAUUUCCACUGCCUCCCCUCCCCGCGAACUGUGCCUUCACUUGGCAUAGCAACAGCAGCAAUAGAGGGCUGCUAUAAAUAGAUUGUUAUGACCUUCCAGUGUUGCCAAAACGACUGGCCCAGCGUAUGCCAUAGAAGAAAUCGGGCCAAUCAAGGCCGCGACGGCCAUUUUGUAAUGGCAACGUUGCACGGUCAUAUAGAUUAACAUCUUUGUUAUUUCUGUUAUAUAUAUAAUUAUUUAUAGAAAAACACAAUCGAAAUAAAAGAGUAACAAACAUAUAAACAUUUGAAUUACAACGUAUAUAGUUACGAUUUUUUAAAUAUUCUUUAUUUUAGUUCUAGUUGCUCAAUCUAUGCACGAAAGCUAGCGAUUUUUUAUUUUGUAUCUUAAUAAAGACGUAUCUUUAUUCGUAAACAUGCUCAUACGAUGCUGAUAAAUACAACUUUGUACAUCUUUUUGUUUUUAUAUGUUUCUUUAAGUAUCGAUCAAGCGACGUUGCUUUUCCCCGCAUACAUCUAUGUAUUAGUAUGUACGACUGAAAAGUGAAAAAAGGGAGACCGAGUGGGCGUGCCUGCAGCGAGAACCGGCAACGUUGCAGCCGUAAAUCAUGAUUAAAAUAAUAAGUAUAAUACAUAUGUAGUAUAUAGGAGGCUGUCGAGUAUAUGUAUGUAAGGCUGCGCAGAGGCACAAACAGCGACGUAUGUCUGGCAACGUUCUGCGCAGCUUCAAUUCCCCCACCUUUGUUAUUUAACCCCCACCAUCACGCAGAAUCCCACGGGUAAGUUCCAGGAAUGGCGGUGGGGGUGAAACGCGGGCGUUAGAGGAGGGAAGGGCACCUGAAACCACGACUAUAUACCGCCGCGUGCGUUUACCAAUCUUGGCACUUUGCCUGAAAGAGCAUAUCGACCGUGCAACGUUGUCACAUCGUCUGCGCGAUCUUACGCGCUGGCCCUGGCCACUCUUUGAGCGCUUUUGAUAAAGUCGUAGUUAAGCAAGAACUUCCCGAUGAGGCGGAGAUCCGAGAACUGGCUGCCAAAAUGGUGGAAGCAAACAAGGCGAAAAUGGUCACAGGAGUACCAGGGGCCCCACCACAACAAAGGCCCCCACAAUGUCUCCUUCCACAAUCAAAUCUUCCUGGUAUCCUGGGAUACUUGAAUAAACGACCAGCGGAUUCGUCAACUGCCGUAUCAACGAAGCCUCCUACGACGGAAGGCAAAGUACCGCCUGACGAUGAAAGCCAAAGAGGCCGAUUCGGAUGGACCAGUUUCGACGAUUGUCACAUACCUUAUAUAUUUCGCUCUGGCGAAAAGUAUUGUGCUGUACGAAUUUUAGAAUCUAAGUUGCUGAACAAGUACCUGAGUUACCUGCACUCGGAUAUCUACAGUUGUACGUGUAUAAGGAGUUACUAUAUAACGGAAGCGGAGAGUAAGCUGUUCACCGAUAUAAACGUUAAACACUGCGAGAAUCAGUUUGGAAGAGAUCCAUUCACGUGUAAAGACUUAGUGGUUCGGCUUUCGGACGCAAAGGAGUUUUAUACGUUUUUGGACGUGUGUUACACGAAAUUAACGGCCGGGACGAAUCCAAACGUGUCAAAUGGGCAAAAAGCUGAUAAAUGUGGAUUCAUUCGGAUAAAUAAGGAAUCCGUUGUUCCUUACACGGUGAAGGACGGCCUUCAAUACGUCCCUCUCUUUUAUUUCGAGGGCGAGACCGAGAAUCUCAAGUUGAAAGCGGAAAAGCUCGAGGGUUGGGACUUAUCGUAUUUAAAGUUUUGUUGCAAAGUACAGGGUAUUCGUAACGAACUGUUUGCCAGUGAAACAUGUUCAGUGAUUAGUUUGAAUGACAUUAAAAGUUAUUUCCCGCCGGGCACGGGGUUCGAAGAUUAUUGGCCGACGAAAGUGAUGGACUCUCAGUUGUUAGUGAAUAGCAAAGGUGGUGGUAGCGGUGGCGGCUGGACCAAACAACCUACACCGCCAGCGACCAAACCAGUUCCCGUGCAAAAUAGUGCGAAUAAAGCGACUGUUAACGCACGUGCUGCCCCUAUGCAUAACAUGCUACCACGUGGAUCUGUCGCAAACACAUCGCAAGUGCAGCAACGAGUCAGCCAACCUAGACCCGUUGCGACCACCCAUCCAGCACAUUCUUCGCCAACAGCACUAUCCUCAGGCAGGUCGAAUAUCGUCACACAGCCGAUGUUGAACACAGUGCAAAGUGUUAAUGGCUGGACAGGCCUCGUCGGUGGUCAACCCACCUUUCAAACGGCGGCGCUUGUUUCUCAACCUAGUUCUAUUGUGCGAAUGCCUUCGUCCCUAAACAUGCACAAUCAAAUAUCUACAGCACCAAAAAAUUAUUCCCAACAAUCUAGUAGGAGUAGAGGGGGUGGAGGUAGUGCAGCAGCUCAGUACCCUGGAGUUUAUCCAGUUACGACUAUGCAGAAUGUUGUUCAGGCCCAACCACCCCCUCUUGUCAGAGCAACAGUUCACUCCAAUCAACCUAAUCUCGGUUAUCCAACCUAUGGGAAGGAUGACUGGGUUACAUCGACAUAUACUACGCCUACUUUAGGUGUCCCAAAUGCUGUUACAGCAAGUACAUACCCUCAAAUGCUAGGUUUAAGCGAACAAGUACAAGCUCUGAUGCCGUCACCUACUCAGGUAUCUACGCUAUUACACCCACAAAGGCAUACACCAUCCGUGCAUAACACAUCUCAUGCGAAAUAUCCACCACCAUUAAUACCAGUUAAUGGUAGUAAUAAUAGUUCCAGGGAUUCAAGAGGCAGAAAGCCAUUGAUCCCAAUAUCAGAAACACAUAUAUCAACCUGUCAAGUUCAACCUUAUCAAAUUCAGAAAGCGCUUGUAGAAGACAAAAUGGUACCUUGUAUUAAUUUCAAGCCAUAUAUAUAUUCUGAAUUACUGAUGACGCUUCCUGACUUCGUCGCUCAGUAUUUUCCUAUCUGUGACAUUAAUAGCUGUCGGCAAGUCCUAACAGAUGUCUUGCAUAUAGACUUAUAUCAAGGAAAUAGGCUACAAAUGAAAAUGUUAAUGGAAGCAGGGAAGUGUUCAUCUUUAAACGAAGAACUACCAUUAAUACAAGUAAAAAGUAUUAUGAAAUACAUGCCUCAAUUGAAAUAUAUGUUUAAUAGAGGUGGUGAGAUGGUAAUGCCUGCACCUGCACAUUCUUCUGAGGAACACCCUGCCAAAAAACGUCAACGCACCAGCUAGGACUGGCUACAGCCUUACUGGCCUACUUAUGAUUACUAUCAUUCGGCAUUUUAAAAAAAGCCGUUUCCUUUACUCUAAUGUAACAAAUCAGCAUUAUUAUAUGCCCUGAAAAAACGUAAACCAGAUUAUUCUGUAUUGACGUCAUGUGCCAGAAAGAGUGCACGCAAAUGAAGAUUACCUUUUAUAAUACAAGGAAUCUGUGACAUACUGUGAGCUACUUCUUUCUCCAAAGUGUAUCUAUCGACGAAAGAAUACUUGUAAAUAAAACUGAGAUGUAUAAAACUAGUGUUGCACAGUUGGCAGUUUAGAUAUGCUUUUAUAUAUUAAGAUUAUUAAUACUUUUCUUUAAGAUUUUUCGUUUACAACUGGAAGUUGUCGAACGAACAAUAUAAAUACUGUGACUAUCACACACACACAAGACCAUUCCUUUCUUCUUUGUUUGUCCUCAUUUUAUUUUUCUACCUCUACUAUAAAGUAUCUUACAUAUAGUAUUUCUUUAUAAAUAAAAUGAAAGUUUUAAUAUUAAUGUGAUUCGGAGAAAGAAAGUGCCGCCAUGCGAUAACUCAUUAACAGAUGCGAAAUGCAAGAAGGUGGUUGUUUGAACUUGCUUAUAUUGCACGUUGAACGGAUAUCAAAAAGAUUUGGCAUUUGUAUAUUUAAAGAGACGGAGGUAAUGCUUCUUCAAGUUCCUAGUUAUUACUAAUAUGUAUCAUGAUAAUUGCUGAAAAAUAAUUUAAAACUGUUACUAAUUCACAACAAUGGUUUAACAUAAAUUGUGACGUAAGUUUACUGAAUCUUACUAGAGAAAAAGUAUUCUAAGUUUUGAAUCUUGGAAAACUCUAUUUUCUAAAGUUCACUUAUCAGAGACACCGUACACAGUGAUGCAAAUAAUUUUGUUCAAGUAUUGUCUGUGUAAAUAUCUAAGUCAAUAAAAAGAAAUGCAAUUUAGAAUAUCAUUAAAAAUAUGACACAUAUUAA